AGCGGUUUGCGUCAGAAAGGCUCUGGUGAAUUAUUUGGAAGCUGUUAUCGUCAUCGCGAUCGUGAAUGCGGUUUCCCUGUUCGAUGGAGGAUUUGCGCGUUCGAUAAUUAUUAUAAAGGCCCGAGUGACCUUCGCUUCUCUCUUCCAAUUUCAUCAUCAACAACCAUCAAUACUCAACAAACAAUCUCAACAAGCAAUCUCAACAAUCUAUUAUCAAUCUUCCAUCAUACUUCUAUUUUCAACACCAACCGCAAUCAUGUCUGACAACUCCAACAACAAGCCCUCUACUCUCCAGUCCUACGUCGACUCGGCCACUGGUGCCGUCCAGAACGCAUUUGGCAGCUUGACUGGCAACACAGGCGACCAGGCCAAGGGCGAAGUUCGCCAGGACAAGGCCAAGGCUGAAUACGACGCCUCUCAAGCAACAGCCAAGCUCCCCGGUGGCACUAUUUCCAGCACAGGUGCCUUUGCCAAGGAUGAUCCCAACAGAACUGAGGGCUCAUGGAACCAGACGAUUGGUUCUGCUAAGGAGACACUUGGAGGUCUCGUUGGCAAUGAGUCACUAAAACAGGCUGGACGUCAACAGAACCUCGAGGGCCAGCAACAGGAGGCAAAGGGCCAGCUACAUGACUACGGCCACGGCAUGGGAGAUCGUGUCCAGGGAACUGUUGGUGGCGCUGUCGCUGGUCUUACUGGAGACAAAGAAGGUCAGGCGCACUAUGAGGAGUUGCACGAUAAGGGCAAGACACAACAGCGUGGCGCCGAGCACGACAUCCAGAAGCAGGCAGAGGCCGACUACUAGACUGAACACAAACUGAAGGUGGUGAAGGGAAAGAGCACCUAGAAACGUGGAAAGAUACCCUAGCAGAGUUAUGAAUAUCAAAUUGUCAUGAUUAG